AUGGCUAAGGGAAAUAAGAAUCUAGGUGGUAUAAAACCUGAAAAAGCAGCUGCUACCACUGCUGUUACAACUGAUUCUGGUGAUCAAGAAGAAGGAACAAUUUUGAAUGAUGAUUUAUCUGAUGAUGAAGAAACAAGUAAGAAGGAUGAAUCUAAAUCUGACUCCAAGGAAGGAUCCAAAGAUGUUGCUGCUAAAGAUGAUAAGAUUGAGGAUUUGGAAACUGGUAAAACUGAAGAAGUUAAAGAUACUAAAGAUGGUAAUGUUUCAGUAAAGGAAUCAAAAGAUGUUGAAACGAAAUCAGAAGUUAAAGAAGAUAGUAUUUCAGACUCAAAAGUUGAAGAAUCAAAAGAUACUACUUCAACUGCUAAAAUUGAAAAAACCACCACAGAAGAUGUACCAACUACAUCUACAACUGCAACUACAGAAGAUCCACCAGCUCCACCACCAAAACCAGCAAGACCAUUAUCACCAAGACAAGAAGCUAAAAAGAAUCUUAAAGAAGCGUUCCCAACAAUUGAUGAUAAAACAAUUGAAUCUAUAUUGAUUGCAUCUUCAUUCAAAUUAGAACCAGCUUUUAAUGCUUUAUUAUAUUUAUCUGAUCCAGAAGCUAUAAAAUUUGAAGAAGUUGUUGUACCAAAUGAAGCACCAACUCCACGUCGUCAAUUAUCUCAAUUAGAACAAGAUGAAUUAUUAGCUAAGAAAUUAGAUGAAGAAUUUAAUAAAUCACAAAGAAGAGAAAGAGAAAGACAUAGACGUAGACAACAAUAUCAACAACAACAAGGACAACAAGGUGAAGGUUAUUAUCCGGGAGAUCAAAGAUCAACAAGAAGUGGAACCAGACAAGGACCUUAUCAAGAUAGAGAAGAAGAAGAUGAUGAUAUGUUUUCAAAUUUUGUUGAAAAAGAUUUACCACAAAUUAAAGAACAAUUUUCUAAAAACAUUGAAGAUACCAAAACAAAAUUUAAUAGUUGGGUAAGUGGUUGGAAAAAACAAUAUCAAACAACAACUGAAGAAUGGCAAAAUAAUAAUAGAUCACAAGGUCAAUCACAACAACAACAAAAUCGUACAAGAAGAUAUGAAUUUGAAGAAGAUCCAGAAGAAGUUGAUGUUGGUCAAACUUUUGGAGGUAUUUCACUUGGUAAUAAUGAUGAUUCAAAUGAAUCAAAACCAAAAUUACCAAAUCGUAAUAGAUCAGAAUCAACAGAUCUUUAUGGUACACCAAAGAAUUCUAAUAAAAAAUGGGAACCAUUACAAAGUAAGAAACCAGAUCCAAUCAAAUUGAAUAAUGACGAUGAUGAUGAUUUUUUGUUAUCUGAUGAUGAAGAUUUAAAGAAGUAG